AUGAAGGGAGAUGGGCAAUGGACGGAGCAGAAAAAACAAUGGUUGUUUUGCAUCGCUGUGCAUGCAUGUGCAAUGCAUGCGAUCGCCAUCAGAUUGGCCGCAUUUAAUAUUUCCGCUGCGGCUGCCUCAGUAGAGUGGUAUGAAAUGAUCGCAUUGAAUAAGGAUCAUAUUGUGUGUACGAAAAAUAAGGGACUUCCCCGGGAAUCGAGCCCUGGUGUGGCUUUCGGAGCAAAAAUUAGAGUGGGGACCAAUAUCGCGAGGGAUAUGAUAGCUGAGAUGGGAUGGCGCAGACAAUCAAUCCCGAUUAUUCGUUCAGAUUCGUACCGACACUUUUGUUAG